AUGAUGGACCUCGACCAGCGCCCGCCCGAGGCCGAUCUCCGCCUCACUCACAGCCAUCCCUCCCCGGCGCCCGCCCACUCCUCCACCGCGCCCCCUUCUGCUCACCACUCUCCCGUACCGGCGCCGCACCAAAAACCCACCCUCCCUCCAAUCAGCGGCCGGCCCUCGCCGCCCGCCUCGUCCAGGUCGCGCGAGUACAGUCUGCCCGCCCAAACACCCACCACCAACGGCCACCGGACCAAUGGCCACCAGGUCGCCUAUCCCAGCCCCAGUCCGCAGGAUGUGUCCAUGGACGCCCUCUCGCGCCUGCAGACCCAGGUGCAGUUCAACACCGCCGGUCUCAGCACCCACCGCCGGGAUUUUGAAGCUCUCUCUCAAGGCGUCAACCGCCUCUCCGAAGAUAUGCUCCGCAUAGAGAGCCUGGUUAUGAGUUUGAGAAAAGAGAUCAUUGCCCGUCCAAUUGCGCCAGCACCUCCGGCCCAGCCCGCCAGCAGCAUCGAUGAUGCAAUGCUCGAGAGCUUCGCCACCAACCUGACCAACGUCGCGAACAAGGUCAACGAGGUCGACGGGCUGAAAAUGCAGCUCGAGAUUGUCAAGCGCCGCGUAAAGAUGAUGGAAGAAGCCGUUGCCGCAGCAGCGCCUCCGAACAGCGCACCACCGGCGCCUUCUGUAGCCCCCUACGCCUCUCCUCGGGAAGGAAGCCAAAUACAACCUCCGCAUCCUAUGCAGCAUGCUCCUCUCCCGGCACAUGCGCCCGCUCCGCCGCACGCCCAAGCACCUCCUUUCCACACGUCUCCGCCGGUACCCCGUCUGGGCACUCCGAGUCACGCAGAGCUGCGCCCUGAUAUUCGGCCAGCGCCUCCAGUUCAACCUUACCAUCCUGCGUCUCAGGAGAUGCAAGGUGUCGUUCCCGGAGGCCAGCCGGGCCAGAACAGCGGCUGGGUCUCGGUGAACCCCACUGCGAAGAGACAGCAUCCCAACGGAGUAGAUAGUCCUAUGGACGGACGGUCGGAGACGAUGGGAUCACCGAAGCGGCCGAAGCUUGCUCCUAUCGAGCCACGCGUAGGCCCUGAGUCGGCGCCAGCGUCGGCGCCAAUGAGAUAUGACCCCGUCGAGAGGGACGGAAGAGACUACCACGCAGAAACCAUGCGAGAGCAGCAACAGUAUCCCGCUGCCACGCCGACAACCUUCGUUCCGUACACCUCCACCGAGCAACCCCAUGCCGAAGACAACUGGCACUCUGAUGCGCAUCGUGGACCCUCUUCCGCUGGCAAGGAGUCAAGACGCGGAAGAGGAGGUGGUCGUGGUCGCGGCCGUCGGAGCUUGCCUGCCGACGCUCGCGAACUUGGAACUCCAGAAUGGGAUAAACCCAACUAUCCGCCCGGACCGGAGGGCUACUAUCACAUGGACGUCGGUCCGAACGGUACCAAGGUUCCUCGUGGGAACAUUGUGCGCCGUGGCUCGGGUGGCAACGGUCCCAUCGCCAUGCGGCCUAUUGAGAUGACGCGGCCUACUACUAGUGGUGACCCGUAUGCUCACACGAAGAAAACUAGAACGAAGCCUGUCCGUAAUGCGGAUGGCGUCCUCAUCCGCAAGGACGGCAGGCCCGACAUGCGUUCACAAAGCAGUGCUGCGAACUUGCGCAAGGUCCAUGCUCGCAAAGAGCAGGAGCGUAUCCUGGAACAGCGUGCCAACACGCCAACCUCAAGUCUUGCCACCGCUCCUAUGAGCAACGACAGCCAGAAUGGCAGCCAGACAGCCGAAAGCACGCCAGACAAGGAAAAUGCGCCGGCCAAUGACAAGGAUCGCCACGAAGCCAUCAUGAAACAGAUGUUUCCCAACGGCGUCGAUGACCAGGUUAACCGCCGCAACUUCCACGACCAAUUCUUCCCGGGUGGAACGUCACCUACUGUGGCCAAGGUCAAACCCGAAGUCACCAGUCCCUCGGAGCGUUCGGUGUCUGAGGUUGACGAGCCCGCGGAAAGGAGAUCUCAGGUCAACGGUCACACUCGGUCGCCCACAGCCGACGUCCAUGAGGCGGACAAGAUGGACGUCUCCCAAGACCACGCGCCUCAGCCUGUUUCUCAGGCAGCAUAA